GUCACUUACUAAUUUGUCACCACCGACCAGGCGAAGACGCCGCAUCGGUUCUUUUUCGGAGGGAAAUUCCGUUUCUCACUAGUUACCUACUUUGGGAAAACGAACACAUUCGGUAUACCUUCAUACUUCUACCGGUUUUGUCCAUAAUACAUACAUUUUCGGCGGAGAAUCGCCCAACAUUGGGUAACUUGCCAGCCUAGCCAGCCGACAUUAGCUAACCAUGGAAGGAGACGGCGGUGGUACGCUCACGGAGGACCGGACGCUGGAGAGCCCCAAUGAGGCAGCGCUGCUAGUUCUGAUGGAGAAGACGGGAUACAGCAUGGUACAGGAGAACGGACAGAGGAAGUUUGGCGGACCGCCUCCAGGUUGGGAGGGCCCCCCACCCCCACGAGGAUGCGAGGUGUUUGUAGGUAAGAUCCCUAGGGACAUGUAUGAAGAUGAGUUGGUGCCAGUGUUUGAGAGGGCCGGAAGGAUCUAUGAGUUCAGACUGAUGAUGGAGUUUAGUGGGGAGAACCGAGGAUAUGCUUUUGUCAUGUACACCACCAGAGAGGCAGCCCAGAAAGCCAUCCACCUCCUUGACAACCAUGAGAUCCGACCUGGGAAGUUCAUAGGAGUGUGUGUCAGCCUGGACAACUGCCGGCUGUUCAUUGGGUCUAUCCCCAAGGACCGGAGGAAGGAGGACAUCAUGGAGGAAAUGACAAAGGUGACAGAUGGAGUGGUGGAUGUGAUUGUCUACCCCAGUGCGACAGACAAGUCUAAGAACAGGGGGUUUGCCUUUGUUGAGUAUGAAUCUCACAAAGCAGCCGCCAUGGCUCGGAGGAAGCUGAUACCAGGCACAUUCCAGCUGUGGGGUCACACCAUCCAGGUGGACUGGGCCGAACCUGAGAAGGAUGUUGACGAGGAGACCAUGUUGCGGGUCAGGGUCCUCUAUGUCAGGAAUCUGAUGAUCACCACCACCGAAGACACGCUACGACAAGAGUUCUCGCGUUUCAAACCUGGCGCCGUGGAGAGAGUCAAGAAACUGACAGACUACGCGUUUGUCCACUACCACUGCCGUGAUGACGCAGUGACAGCGUUACGCCUGAUGAACGGAGCGCUGAUCGAUGGGGCCAUCAUCGAGGUCACCCUGGCCAAGCCUGUUAGUAAAGAGGGCGGACGGCGCUUUGGUAACCGCGGCUACGUCAGCAGCAGUAACAUGACGGACCCAUACGGAGACGCGUCCUCCGGCUGUUUCCUCCAUCAGGGCCGUGAGGAUGAGGAGAGAAUGGGAGGAGGUGGAGGGACACCCCUACGGACUGCCAGCCUGCCCUCCAGGCUGGGGAGCCUCUACCUGGGAUCCGGUCAAUGCUGUGACAACAGAGGUCACGGUGAAGGUGGUGGUUAUGGUGAUGAAGGUGGUGAUGACGAAGGUGGUGGUUAUGGAACAGGGAAUGUGGACAGAUGUGUGUAUCCCUUCUUCGCCGGUGCCAGUCUCUUCCCUGUCAGCCUGCUGGCACUCAAACCAGGUCAGCUGAGUUCCGCGGUGACUCUGCUGGAGUACUACUGCUGUAAGAACAGCUGGGCCUUUCCUGAGUACUACCUGCACUCUACGCCAGGACACGAUGGGAAGCUGCUGCUCAUAUUUAAGGUGGUGAUCUCAACAACAAGGAGUUGCUUCAUGCCAGACAAGCUGUGUACCGUGUUGGAGGACGCUAAGGAGCUGGCCGCACAGAACGCCCUCUGGAGCCUGGACUGUUCUUUCCUAGGCUGUAAUUCCCCUGGUUCACUCUCUCCUCCACCACCCCUCUCCAGUGGGACGGGCCUUCUCUCGUAUGGCUGUACCCGAGCCUUCCCUUACCCCCCCUACCCCCUCUCCCCCUCCCUCCACAACACCCCACAGAGGCUCUGCAUCCCCCCAAACCAGAACACUGCCUUCUUCUAAUCACCCCAUCAUUCUACACCUCCGUCCAGCAUCACCACCUUGUCCGUUGUAUCUGUGUCACUGAUUGGUUGAUUAAUUGACUGAUUUAAUUGGUUGGUUGGAUUGUAUCUGCCAGUCAUAAAAUUAAUGAUGAAAGGUAUUAUAUAAAAAAAAAGAGGGAGUGAAGCAGAGAAAAGAACAAUGGAUGAUAGAUAGAAGGAGGAGUCAGAGGAAGAGAAGACGCCGGUAGGCUGAGAAAAAGGAGGAGUCAGAGGAAGAGAAGACGCCGGUAGGCUGAGAAAGAGGAGGAGUCAGAGGAAGAGAAGACGCCGGUAGGCUGAGAAAGAGGAGGUGGAGCAAGCGGAGACGUGAACGUCCUGUCCUGUGUGUCCAGUUUGUUACUGUGCCAUUUUAUGUCUGUGUUGCUGUUUGGUUGGUUUGGGUUUUAGGUCAUUUGGUUUUUAAAAGAUGGCCAUUUUCAAUUUGAUGUGUUCAGUUCUGGAGAAAAAUACAGGUGUUUUUUGCCUGGCGAAAGGCUUUACUGUAUUGCUAAGUGGGAUCUCUGGGAGCGCCGCUCUGAUGUCACACAGUUUAUUGUCCAGUUAGGGCUAGACUAGGGUAGGGUUAUGUGUUGGGUCGACCCGAAUAGGCCUAGUUUCAGCGGACCAAAGUGUCCGAUAUGUUAAGAUGAACAGGGGAACCACAGACAACAGAUGCACCAUGGAAGAAGGACCUUAUUUCAUAUCUUGGCAAUAAUGAUACCUGAUUAGUAUUUACUUUCACCAUAUUUAUUAACAUGAUUAAAUUUUUUGGACCUGUAUUUCUUUUAUUAUGCUUUUUCCGCUGUAUUUGUUUUAUUGUAUUGUAUAAUGCCCUCAGUAAAAAGCUCAAUAUUAAUAUAUCGAGCAUAACAAAAUUCUGUUUGAAAAUCUAUUUUGUAAUUCAGCAUAUUUAUUUAUUAGCAGCAGAUGAUUUUGCAACAAACGCAUCAGUGAUAUCAAGUUAAACAAAUCAAAUCUAAAUUGUCAAUCGAUGUUUAAAGGUCCAUAACGGCCUCCACCGGAUAAUAUAUUUAUUGAGAUUUAAAUGCUAAUGUUAGAAUUUGCACUAAAACAGUGAUAAUCAAUAAUACAGUGUUGCCUGUCCUUCUACACAUUUUUCUUUCUAUGUAAUAUGGCGUAUUUGUUGCAACCUACACGAAGCUAAAGCGUGAAUAAAAACAACCCUGACACUUCGAGUUUUACCAAAUUAUAUUUACUCUCCAGGUGUUUUUUUGACCUGCUGGUCACUCAAUUGUUUUGUGUGUAUUUUCUGUUACUACACAGUGUUCUUAAAUUAAUGCUAUUUUAAAAACAUUGUCUUUGUUGUUCUCUUGGAGUACUCGUUUAGUGUUGCAUCCCACCUGGACUGAACCCCCCUUCUCUUCCUAGUCAAUUCUAGGGCACUGUAAGGAAUUGGGUGCCAUUUGAGACUGUUUUAUUGUCAUAUACAAGCUGUUCACUUGGAACUUUUUAACUGGUUAACGAGAUCAUGUUGAAUUUAAUAAACAUUUAA